ACCAACAAGAGAAUCUCUACUGCGUUCAUGUUCCUUUUAAGGCAUCUGUGGUAGAUUGUUCAGAUAAAUGUUUUUGAUUCUUACAGUAUUUAAGGAUUCAUAGUCAGAUACCCGAAAAGAGAAGGUAACCGCCAUGAAACUGGUCCACAUGCUGCUGCUCUCUGCAACCUGUUUGCUGAUCUCUGAAGGUGCAGAAAUAAUAAAUGGCAGAAUUGCUAAGCCUCAUUCCAGACCCUAUAUGGCUUAUAUAAAGUUUCAAAAUAAUGACAUUUUUUGUGGAGGAAACUUAAUAGAUUCAAAAUGGGUGUUAACUGCAGCUCAUUGUGAAGACCCUGCAGUAAGUCCGCUGGUUACUCUUGGAGCUCAUUUAAGAGAAGAAAAUGCAAACGAAGAAGGGAGGCAGAAAUUCUAUGUUACCCAGUUUGUCAAGUACCCGGGUUACAACAGCAGAAUUCUGAGGAAUGACAUUCUGCUGAUGAAAUUGAAUACUACAGCAAAGUGUGGAAAGUUUGUCCAAAGCAUUUCUUUACCAGAGACAUUUGAGGACAUAAAAGCCGGAACAGUUUGUGAAACAGCCGGAUGGGGAUGGACAGGACAAAAGUAUGCGGACAGUCUUAUGGAAGUCAACGUCACAAUUCUAGACAGAAGACAAUGUGAGAGACAUAUGAAUAAUAUCUACAUUAGUGAAAACAUGAUCUGCACCGAUGUGGGUCCCGCAGGACAAGAUACCUGUGCAGGCGAUUCGGGUGGACCGCUGAUAUGUAAUGGCGUCUUCAGAGGAAUCCUUUCUUUUGGAAGUGAACAUUGUGGGCAGCGUUAUGGAGCAGCUGUGUAUACUCGCCUAACUGAGGAAUAUGUAAAGUGGAUAAGGAAUAAAAUAGGGGCUCAGUCCUAAAUCAUCAUUAUCCUGUUAUUUACCACCAUUUUAGAUUUUAUUUUAGUUUAAUUUAGUUAUUGCUUGAGUCAGUGUUUUCCAACCAGGGUGCCUUCAGCUAUUGCAAAACUCUGGUUGGGAAACACUGGCUUAAAGGGGUACUCCACCUCUAGACAUGUUAUAGGAUAGGGGAUAACAUGUCUGAUCACAGGUGUCCCAGCGUCGUUCUUCCAGGCCAGUGCUGCAGUAUUCAUGAACACGGAAGCCAGGGGCUUGUGACAUCACACCAUGCCCCCUCCAUUCAUGUCUAUGGAAGGGGGCGUGAUGGUGGAGUUCAUUCCGUGCAUCUGAUUAUGGGGUGCCGUACUGGAAAUCGCGGGGGGUCCCUGCGAUCAGACAUGUUAUCCCUUAUCCUUUGCAUGGGGAUGACAUGUCUAUGGGCAGAGUACCCCUUUAAGGGCAUUGCUUCCUGCUUACCAUAUCACUGUAGGGUAUCCAAGUGCAUACAGGGGCUUUACUUUUUUUUAAUUAUUCAUUUAAUUUGCACUAAGCAAUAUCAAGGUAGCAAGUAAUAGAGUUCCAUGGGUGCAGUAAGGUACUGUUGAGAGCAUGAAUACCCAUUGAAGGGUACAUUUAUUCAGGUGGAUCCUUUGGGAGUUUUCUGCAGAAGGUUUAGCUGCGACAAAUUUACCGCAACAUAAGGUAGGGGUACGUUCUCAUGGGCGGAUUUUCUGCAGCAGAUUUAGCUCACUUCAAUGGGGUGAUGCAGAUUUUUCUACGGAAAACUUGCAGAAAUUCCGCUUAUGUGAACAUGCCCUUACAGAAAUAAAAUGCAUGGGAUUAAUUCAGAAAGGAGACAACAUACAACCUAUAAUGGGAGAAUAUCAGCAGUCAUGGUAACCUGAGAACAUCACCUACUUUAUAUGCGGCCUUAUGAUUAGGACUACAUAGGUCAAAACAUACUAUUCGAAGAUAACCUUGCUGGAUCCUUAUCUUCAAUUAUGGUUGUUCUGACAGGGUGGCUUCCCCUGUGUCCGUGCACACGGGGGUGGUGGCCCUACUGUUUUUCUAUGACGUAUAUCAUAUAAAAUGAGAGGCCAGUGAGCCUUCUGUAUAAACUAUACAAAAAUUCGAUAGUGUGAACGUAGCCUGAACAUGUUCCUUCUAUCGGUUGAAAUCCACAUAGACUGCCUUACAGUCAAUAGUGAUGGCACAUGUCUGCAUGGUACUAGUGUGGAAGGAUUCCAUGGGCCCCCUUUAAGCUAACGGAAUCUCCACCUAUAAUAUCUCCAAGCGGAGAUUCUGUAGUGUGAAUGUGCAUUGGAAGAUUAGCAGGUAUCACUUUGUUGUUACAGGUUAUUCACUAAUCCAUUCACAUUCAGACUGUCUAAUAGGGUAACAACCAAUUACACUCUGUGGGGAAAUAUGAAUAGGUGUAUAUAUACAUCAGUGCAGGGGACCAUAGAAGAGCAGCCGCCGCAUCUAUACAUUAUACAGGAGGGUCACAGCGGGUGUUAGAAGUGACAAACACACACGUACUUUAUUAAACAUAUUAAAAGACAUUACUAAUUAAAAAAAAUAAUAAUAAUUUAUAAAAAAAAAAUAUAUAGUGUUUUUACAUUUAAAUGGCCCCUUUCUCCAUUCUUUAUUAUUGUCGGCUACAUAUUUAGUUCCCUGUCUGACCACAUAAAUUGACCCCUGUUUAAAAAUUUAUUAAAAUUUUGUUAUAAAAAAGAUGGAUUUAGUUAUAUACAUUUUUUUUCCAUCCCUACUGCAUCCCUACUCUUUUAUUUCUUUCUUUAUUUUUUGAUAUCCAACAAAUUUUGAAAAAAACACCAAAGGGGCCAAAAAUGCAAUUUGCACUCAAAGACAAAAAACACCAGAAAAAAUGACAAAACGCAGGGAAAAUCUGUGGCACUUUUUCUGGUGUUUUUAAGCCUAAAAAAAAAACGCAAUGCAAAAACCUCAGUGGAAUCCUAGCCUUAAAGAGUUAGGUUGUUGAAUAGGUGCAGUGAUGUUGCAAUGUUGCCUAUAAGUAAGGGGCGCAUAAAGGCAUCGGUCUGAUACUGGGAUGUUUGUACAGUGAUUUUAUG